AAUCCAUUUCCUUCUUCUUUAGAUAGCACAAAAAGCUGCAAGCAGUGCAAUAAAGUAUUAGAAAGAUUAGAAAAAAUUGAUGAUGAAGCUGAUGCUGCUGGAAUUAAAUUUCUUAAGAUAGAUGAUGCACAUCUUGCAAAAAAAUUUGGAGUAAAUAAUUUGCCUGGAUUAUUAUUAUUUAAAAAAGGAGAAAAACAACCUAGUGUGUUCACAGGAGAUUUGAAAGAGGAAGAGAAAGUGUUAGACUGGCUAGUUUCACAAAAAGAUCCCCGCAGUGAAAGAAUUGAAGAAUUUGAAGGAGAUGCUUUGAAAGCAUUAAUAGAAAAUUCAGAAUCUGUUGCAAUAUAUUUCUAUGAUAAAGCGAAAUGCUCACCCUGCGAAGGAAGUGUGGAUGCUGCAGAUUGUUCUGAUUGUAAUCAAGUGCUUGAAGAAUUGGAAAAUAUUGAUGACGACACAGAUAAAUAUGGGAUACAGUUUAUAAAGACAACAGAUACACCAAUUGCUCUAAAUUACGGAGUCAAGAAUUUUCCUUCCUUAGUUUAUUUUGAAAAACAAGUUCCAAGUGUAUAUGAAGGUGAUCUGUCAGCAGAAGAGGAAGUUCUUCAAUGGCUAGUUCAACAAAAAUCUGAGGAUACAAUUGAAGCUGUUAAUAGAGAAAUGCUAGAACAUCUUAUUCAAGAACAGCAAUAUCUUGUUGUGUUUUUCUAUAAGCCAAAUUGUAAGGCUUGUGAUCAAGCAUUACAUGAACUUGAAAAUAUUGAUGAUGACACAGAUGUAUAUGGAAUUUACAUUGUAAAAAUUCAAGAUAACCAGUUUGCAAGACGUUAUGGAAUCAAAACUUUCCCUGCUCUUAUAUACUUCAGAAAUGGAAAUCCUCUAAUUUUUGAUGGUGAUCUUAAAAAUGAAGAGAGUGUUUUAGAAUGGCUUAUUGAUGAUGAUAACAGAGAACUUUCAGAUGAAAUUGAAACUAUUAAUAAUCGAAUGUUGGGAAAAUUAGUUGAUGAUUCUCCUUUCCUGGCAGUUUUUUUCUAUGAGGAUAAUUGUUAUGAAUGUGAUAAAGCUUUACAAGAAUUAGAAAAUAUUGAUGAUGAAGCUGAUUUAUUUGGUAUUGAUUUUGUAAAGAUCAAAGAUCAAGAAGCUGCUAAUCAGUGGCAUGUGACUCGCUUUCCAACUCUAGCUUAUUUUCGGAAAAAGACACCCAUUUUUUAUGAAGGUAGUCUCUUAGAAGAAGAUAAAGUUUUGAAAUGGUUAACGAGUUUGGAUGUUUUCGAAAUCAAGGACGAAAUUGAAGAAGUUAACAGGAAAAUGUUAGACAAAUUGUUGGAAGAAAACGAAUUUGUCGCCGUGUUCUUCUAUGAUAAUAAUUGUCCAAAAUGCGAUCUGGCUCUUCAAGAACUCGAACGUAUCGAUGAUGAAGCUGAUGACUUGGAUAUUAUGUUUGUAAAAAUCAAAGAUACCCGUUAUGCUAAGAAAUACGGUAUGAACCAAGUCCCAGGACUUGUAUACUUUCGACGAAAGUUUCCUUCCAUUUACAGAGGUGACUUGACAAACGAAGACGAAGUGUUAGAAUGGUUACAGAGUAAUCGCCAUCGUCAUCCCGAAUUAAAUUUAUUUAUGUAUGCUCUGGCAGCAAUUAGUGUAGCUUUUAUAUUAUACACAAUCGUUCUGAUGUUUUGCUUUAAAGGGGCUAAAGAGAAAAAAGAAUAAACGCUAAAGGACCACUGUAAAACUAACAUAUCACAAAGAAAAAAAAAGUAUUCACGGUAACGUGAAUUAAUUAUUUUAAAAAAAUCUCUACGCAUAAAUUAAAUAUGAUAAAAUAUACCGCUCCUAUAACUAAAUUAAAAUUUGUUUUUAUAUAAUUUAAUUAUUUAAAAUUUAAUAUAUUGCGAAUGAAUGAAAAAAUGCUUUUAUUGAAUCCGAACCACAAUGUUACUGAACAUUCUCUUCUUGUUUUUGUUAUAUAAAAACAACUUUUUGUAUUGAAGAAAUCGGACAAUUUAUCGUGUAUAAAUUGAAUAACUCAAGUGCAUCGGACUUUCCCAUCUGUCGAAUGUCGAGAUGUAAUUUUAUCCUUUAGAUAAAAAAAAUAAUGAAUUACCAAGGAAACAUGAAAAUCGGUAUUGUUCCUAAACCAUUUGUGUGAUUUAUAAAUACUUUUUCCUUUAUAUUUUCCCUAAAUAAUUUUUAAAUUUUAGAAAUUUGGCGAUAAAUUAUUGCUAUGAAAAAAAAACUAAUUUGUUCAAGUAUUGUAAAUGUUGUAGCAAUAUUGUACAUGUAUCAAUCUCUGUAACAGUAGUACUUAAAGAUAUAAGAAUUCCAAUAUUCCCUGUAUAACGUUUUUUUGGAAGACAAUUAAAAUUUAUGGACGACUUUU